CUAUGAGUCAAAGUAAGGACAAUGCACGACUCAAGAGCUACAAAAACAAGUCUCUUAACACAGAUGAGAUGAGGAGGAGGAGGGAAGAGGAAGGCCUGCAACUUAGGAAACAGAAGAAGGAUGAACAACUUUUUAAAAGGAGGAAUGUUGCCACUGUGGAGGAUGAGGGCACCCUUGAGGAUGAUGGAAUGGCUGAUAGUGGCUAUCUGGAAUCUCAGGCUAACAACCUGGACCCACUAAUGGGUGGGGUGAUCUCUGAUGACAUGAUUCAGAUGAUCUUCUCCAGCUCUCCGGAGCAGCAGUUGAUAGGCACUCAGCGCUUUAGGAAGCUUCUUUCAAAAGAACCCAACCCACCCAUCGACGAAGUUAUUGCCACUCCGGGGGUGGUCGAGUGUUUUGUUGAGUUUCUGAAGAGGAGAGAAAAUUGCACAUUGCAGUUUGAGGCAGCUUGGGUGCUGACCAACAUUGCUUCAGGGACAUCCCACCAGACGCGGGUUGUGAUCCAGGCUGGAGCUGUGCCCAUCUUCAUAGAGAUGCUGAGCUCAGAUUUUGAAGACGUUCAGGAACAGGCAGUGUGGGCAUUGGGUAACAUAGCAGGUGACAGCACAGAAUGCAGAAACUUUGUCAUCAACUGCAACAUCCUGCCUUCCCUGCUGCAGUUAUUGGCCAAACAGAAUCGCCUAACGAUGAUGAGGAACGCCGUGUGGGCGCUCUCAAACCUGUGUAGAGGAAAGAACCCACCCCCAGACUUUGCUAAGGUGUCCCCAUGUCUCUGUGUGCUGUCCUGGCUGCUGUUUGUUAACGACACAGACAUCUUGGCUGAUGCAUGCUGGGCACUGUCCUACCUAUCUGAUGGCCCUAAUGACAAAAUCCAGGCUGUUAUUGACUCAGGAGUCUGUCGGAGGCUAGUGGAGUUGUUGAUGCACUCUGAUUAUAAAGUGGUGUCUCCAGCUCUGCGGGCUGUUGGGAACAUCGUCACUGGCGAUGAUCUGCAGACACAAGUGAUCCUGAACUGUUCAGCUCUGCAGUCCCUACUUUACCUCCUGAGCAGCCCAAAGGAGUCUAUCAAGAAGGAAGCUUGUUGGACCAUUUCCAACAUCACCGCAGGGAAUCGAGCACAAAUACAGAUGGUGAUGGAUGCAGGUCUGCUGCCUCCUCUCAUCAGCAUCCUGCAAGUAGCAGAGUUUCGCACAAGGAAGGAGGCGGCGUGGGCCAUUACCAACGCCACUUCAGGAGGCUCUGCAGAGCAGAUCCGGCAUCUGGUGGAACUGGGCUGUAUAAAACCUCUGUGUGACCUGCUCACGCUCAUGGACUCCAAGAUUGUCCAGGUGGCUCUGAAUGGGCUGGAGAACAUCCUGCGACUGGGAGAGCUGGAGGCCAAAAGGGGAGGGGGAGGCAUCAACCCUUACUGUGCGCUGAUCGAAGAGGCUUAUGGUCUGGACAAGCUGGAGUUCCUGCAGAGUCACGACAACCAGGAGAUCUAUCAGAAGGCCUUCGACCUGAUCGAGCGCUACUUCAACACCGAUGACGAGGACCCGUCUCUGGCACCGGCUGUGGACCUGCAGCAGCAGCAGUUCCUCUUCCAGCAGCGCGAGGCUCCCAUGGAGGGCUUCCAGCUAUAAUGCUAAACCCCGCCUCCUCCCAUCAUGCUCCAGCUGCAUCCUCACCUCACGCCUCUCAGCCUCAGUCCUGCAGCCAAGAACCGGGGUGACGGUAGCCCCCCCCCCCCCCCCCCCUCUCCUCUUCCAGCCUGAGAGGCAGACAUAAUCGUUACCAUGGUUAUAAGAUGAUGUACCAUUACAGAAGCACACGUCUGAGCGUGCGUCCAACAUGGGUCCGUUUCUGCAGUCCUGUCAGCCAGUUUGUGAAGGUUCUAUUAGUCAUUCUUUUGUGCUGACUUCCUUAUAGUCCGAGUCCUUCCUCGUCACGUCAUCUCAAUCUUUUUGGAUUUUCUCCUCUGAUCAUCUAAACAAGAACCUCCCCUCUACUUGCUCGCGUCUCAGCAGGUGGGACGACACGGCUCGCCCUGAAGCAUUAACGACCGGACGAACCCACGGCGAAUGAUCCAACCUAAACACUGGACUGACUUUGAAACACUGACCACGUGUUUGUGUCACAGGACUCAACAAACUUCUACGAAAGGCACUUAACUCUCGAAAGGAGGUCGGACUUCCUUACCUCCUCCUAGAACCACAGAUCGACUGAUUUAAAAAUGGCGACUUUGUUGCUGUGAGGUGGUUGCAUUCCCGCCUGGAUCUCAUAUCAUUCCUCUAACCAGUAUUUGGGACUUUUCCUCCGACACUGGCUCCAUCCUCUAAAGACUGCCUCCUUUGAUGUGACGUAAACAAACCCAUGGAACCAUGGGAACUGGAGUCUUCCUUUGCACUGAGACAAUUUGGACGGACUUGGACGAGACGAGAAAAACAAAAACAGACGAUAUAAAUAUAUAUAAAAACUCUAGAUUCUGUCCAGCAGCUAACCAGCAGGAUUUUUAUUAUUUUUUAUUUGAAUUAUUCUAUCAUUUCAUUUUCCGCACUUUAGUUUUGGACUGAUGCGUGUUCAUUGACAGCUGUUUCUGCUUUUGCUGUUUAAUUGCUUGAUGACACAGCUCUUCCUUCUCAGGAAGACGUGGGGGGGAGGGGGGGUCUUGUCCUCGUCCCCCUCCUGUGAGGAAAUAAGGACAUUGUUCAGCCUUCCCUCUAAGGGGAUGGAUUGGACUGAAACAGUCAGAAAGCAUCUGACACAAUCAGAGGAUCACGUUGCCUCAGAAAAAAAAAUCAUUACAAAUAAGUAUUUAGUCAAUUGGCUUUUUCAGCUAUAAGGAGUCUAAAAUGAGGCAUAAGUUCAGGUACAGUAUUUAAAUCUGAUCAUGCCUAAUCAGCACAUUUAUCAGCUUUUAGGCCAGAGAUUGGUUGUUCAGUUUUUUCCUAUAAAGAGUAAUUUUUAUUUGGAAAUUGACGUCUUUAGCUGAUGGUGCCAUAAUCUUUAUUGAUGAUUGGAAACUCUUCCACAGUUUCAGCAAAGAUCGUGAAAGUUCUGGUGAUCAGCUUAGCUAGCACAAAUUAAUGUUUGUUUACCAAGUCUUUGAUCAGAUUUCUUACUUUUGAUUGUCAGCCAGAGAUGACCAGCUCUACGUGUUCAUUACUGUUUGUUGUGUCGGGUUUGUGCAUCAAGUUAUGCCAUUUGCAUAAAAGUUGUUUCAUAAACGGAUCAAAGUGACAAAUGAA